GGGGCUGGGUAGUGGUGACGUCUCUAACCUGCUGACAACACCCAAGUUCCAAAGAGCUCUCUCUGCCCUCUGCCCUCGUAUCGACGGUUUAUUGCUGGAAAACAUGUCUGCCCCAGGCCCCUCGAGUAAUCCACCUGUUGGACCGGCACCCUAUGGCAGCAACAGGAAACUGCAGCAGACCCAGGCCCAAGUGGAUGAGGUUGUGGAUAUCAUGCGAGUGAAUGUAGACAGAGUGCUUGAACGAGACCAAAAACUUACGGAGUUGGAUGAUCGAGCUGAUGCACUUCAAGCUGGAGCGUCUCAGUUCGAGACCAGUGCCGCAAAACUAAAACGCAAAUAUUGGUGGAAGAACUGCAAGAUGUGGGCAAUAUUAAUAGCUGUCAUCCUGAUCAUCAUAAUUGUCAUAAUUAUUUGGCAGACCACAUAAGACCAACUUCAUGCUUGGAAGUUGGAGGCGAACGAGGACUUUCUGGUUUCAACCCACCUUAUCUACUGUGUUUUUAAAGAGUUAAUUUGUUUGUCUAUUGGUUUAAACAUUAUGAACAACUGGGGGAAAUUUGAUUAUAAUCAAGAGUUCAGAUAAAGUUGUAAAGCAUUAAUCUCUUCAGUUUGACCCUCAUUGAUCACAUACUAAACUUGUGAUGGACAAACAAGGCAACAUGGCACCAUUGGUUGCAACUGAAAUUGGCGCCAUGGCCUUGGGCGGGACCAAACCUUCUACAGGAAACUUGAAGUCCUAAUGCUACAAACCCUUGAUUUUUGAUCUUGUGUAUCCUCAUUGAGGAGGCUGCCACACACUUGAACUCCUGAUCAUGAUCAAUCUUUAUCAAGAUGGUUGUCUGUAAUAGUCAAGCUGAGCAGAUGUGAUUCUUUUUUUUCUCUGCCCCACUUCUCUAAGCUAUCAACUUUUUUUUUAAAUAGGCAUUUUGUAAAUUCUUGGCAAUUAAAACCCAUCUAUUUAGAGGUUUUAGAUGAAACUAGAAUGCAAAUUAAAAUGUUGACAGGCUGCUGCUUAGUCCUGGCCACUAGGACUAGGCAAAGAUUGAGUAAUGGAUCAUGAAUGUUGGUACGUGCAUGGAGAUGUGGGCUGCCUGCACACCAAACCUUAAGGGGAAUACUCUAGAUGAGAAGGGCAAUCUGGAUGCCCAAGUGAGAAAACUAGUUAAUAACAAUCGUACGGUUGUCCCUUACAUCUGAGUUUCAGUGGAACCAAAGGUUCAAUUUUGCCAGAGUGGUGUAUGCCUUUUGUCAUUUCAGUUAAAUCAGGAGAAUGUUUCCUGAAUUUGUAGUUUGCAAUGCUCUGUUCCACUUUCAUUUCACUUUUUAUUGAACGUGUUGUUUAUAUCAUGCCCACAGUAACACACUUUCUGAAGAAGUCUCUCCUUUUUCAAAGGUCAAAUGAUGUACUUUUCAAACCACUACCUCCUCUGGCAAUUUGUUUGGCUUCUGCCUCCUUGGGCUACUUCCAAGAUGAGCUUUAAGGAAAUUGUGGCCUUGGCCAUCUGGGCUAUACUGUCUUAACCAGUGGUCAGGGAUUGGUGUAGGAAAGCCUGGUCCAAAUCCUGCCCCCUGAGCUGAAAGAGAUAGGUCACUCUCAGUAAUGCUUUAAAUUGUAAUGGAGUAUUGCAAACUUGCAGAUUUGGUCAGUAAUGGAAUUUUUCUUUUAUCAACAAAAUAUGUCCUCAACGUGCCAGUUGCCACCUUAUCCCUUUUCAUGGACACUCCAAAAGAAAAGCCAAAAAGAUGUUUAUUUUGACUCUUGCCUUGUGCCUUAUCUGCUUAAUGUCUCAGAUUAGAGUAACAUUUUAGGUUGUAUCUUUAAAAUUUAUAUGGGUCUUUGCUUUGAACCUGUACCUUGCUAAAUGGAGUUGGGCUUUCAUGAAUCUUGCUAAGUGAUAAGGAGUUUUUCCUUUGAAGGUUUUAGUGUAAAAAGACACUGAGCAAAGGGGGAGAAACUUGAUGUUCCAGAUGCCUGUUGCUUUAGUGUCACUUUGGUGUUGACUGAAGGCUUAGCUAGUCACUUUUUUCAGCAAAAAUUUGGUUCUCAGCCUUUAAUUUUAUCAUCAGCAAUUGGCCUGGGUUCAUGAACCUAAGAAAAUCUUUUUUGCACAAAGGAGUUUUAAGAGGAAAUCUGUACACUCCUGAAUGGAACUUCAAAUGUCAGCAUAUGCACAGCAUUGGAACAGGCUAGUCUGUCUCCCGCAGUCCAGUGGACCGGUCAUGCUGGCCCACUUGCACUUGUCAUUCACGUUUGCUGGUGAUAGCCUUAGAUGAAUGUUGCAAAUUGUCUAGCACUGUUUAACUUUUUUAUUGCACUGUAGGCAAAUCGUGGGCAACACAUUGGUGAUUUUGAAAAGACCACCACAGCUGCUGCAUUUUGUUGAAGCACAGUCACUCGAUCAUUGUGAGAUGCUUCUUUGCUUCUCUCUCUUGGAAUAAGGAGAGAAUCAAAGCUGGUCACUUGCCUCACCACCAUGCACCCCUCUCCUAAUCUGAAUAGCAGCAUUAAUUGGCUGGGUCUGACCAGAAGGAUGGUGUAUGAAAAAAGAUUGAAAUCAGUGCUGGCAGGUGAUGUAUGUCAAGUCAGGCUGGUUGACAUUUUGUGAAGACUGAAACCUGAAUUAACCAUCACUUGUUGAUAGAAUUGAUCACCAAAAGAAGCUUUUUACAGUAUUUUUCAAUGAAUCGCACUAUUUUAAACAUCAGUUGAAGUGACUUUAAACUUGAGGUGCCUUAAUGCCUUCAGCCAGCAGAUUUAACUUCUACUGAGUUUCGUGAUUCUUUGUCAGAACUUGCUGUUUAGCGUCUAGUGCCGUAGUUACUGCCACUCUGGCUUAAAAGUGCCCAGCAGUUACAGAAACCCAGAUAAGUGCCUCUUGGGUUAAUAGUGCCUCACUUAAGCUUUGUAUAAAAGCGUAAUUGUCCAGGUUAGCAUUGCAGCUAAGCCUGUUCAAUUGUAUUUUAUUGUAUGGAAGAUUUAAUAAAGAUGUUUCGCAAUCCAAA